AUGCACCUGAUUCAUGAAAGAUGCCGAGAGUUCGUCUUGGGCCAGGGAACCACCAAUGAACACUUGCCUGGCACCAGAAAACGGUGGGAUCUGGAAAGCUCGCCAGUUGUACUGCAAGUGCAGUGUAAUACAACGACACCCCCCAACCAUCCCGGACACACCGUUGCCUACCAAGACGAUGUCGAGACUAGCCUUGAUGAAGGAUGCUCUGAAGAAUCUCAGUCGCUGAUAAGACCUGACAAGACUAUACUCCAAUUCCCCAUUCCGCAAUGGGCCCACUACCUACAUGCGAAAGCAAAGGAUACAAUGGCAACACGAGAGAACAGGAGACACGUCCUUGGCAUCCUGGCAAAUCUUUCGAAUAUCACUUUCUGGUAUUUCGAUCGUGGUGGCGGCUUCUAUUCAGCGCCUAUUGACAUCACCAGCCAGCCACAUGAAAUCAUUUCUACCCUUGUUCAGCUUGCUUUGAGCACUGCAUUUUCCCUUGGCCUUGAGCCAAUCAUGCAGUCUUCCGACCCCUGGGACUCCCUAGACACCAUGGAGACGACAACAAUCACAGUCAAAAACAUUCCCUUUCUAAUACACGAUACCCUGCAUGUCUCGCAUGACAUUGAGGGUCGUGGAUUGGUCCUGUUUUCGGCCAGGAAAGAGGCCGACUGUGAGCCAGGGACCAUUCCGAACGACGUAGUUAUCAAAUUGUCGUGGGAGGAUCCAUCAUCGCCCACAUCCGACUCCCUCUACUGUCGUGCGGAGCAACAUGGCGUGCGAGGGGUAUUGUAUUGCUCCUCAGCCCUGGGACGCUUUCAGAAGGUCCCAGAAAACAACUUGGGCUAAAAUCCGGAAUACACUAUCGGGAUCGGGAGUUGCGCAUGCAAAU